AUGAUUGCGGGUACUAAAUUACUGCUGUUUUGGACAAGCUGUUUAACUACAGUUUAUUCAGGCAUUAUAUUAGACAACAUAUUCCCCGUCAACGAAUCCAAGAUAAAGUUCUACGUGUACACUCGAAACGACACCGCCAACUCCGUCGAUCCCAUCGACAUCUCCAAUCCCGAUGAAGUAUCCCAAACCUACUUCAACAGCACCAAGCCAACGGUUUUCUGCGCUAACUCAGUCUUCGAAAAACCAUUCGACGUAACCAACAGCUGCCAGCGCAUCAAGAACGCCAUCCUGAAAGCGCACGACGCCAAUUUCAUAUUCAUCGACUGGAGCAGCAUCAGCAAUCGCAAUUUGUACUUCCAUUUGCUCGGCGACAUUGAAAAGGCCGCCGACAUUAUCAAAAAUAAAAUAUUGGAUAUGAUCGAUUACAGCGAGCUGGAUAUGGAAAACAGCCAAAUCGUCGGCGCGUCAGUCGGAGCUCAGAUGAUAGGUGCUAUUGGUACCGCGGUCGGAGGGAAUUUUCAGCAAGUUGUUGCCCUCGAUCCGGCGUCGAUUUACUUCUACAGCUUUUGGAAGAACAUAAACAGCAUAUCGACGAAAUCGGGGAAGCACGUGCAGGUGAUUCACUCGUCGGCUUACCAUCGGUACCCGCUGGGUCACGCCGAUUACUACAUGAACGGCGGAUUGGCACAGCCGUACUGCGGAAUGGAUUUAUUCCGGUUAUGUUCGCAUGCGAGGAGCAUCUCGUUGUAUAUGCACACCAUCGUGAACGGAGCGCGAAUCGAAGCGUCGAAAUGCGACUCGCUGGAGGAUUUUUACGCGACUAAAUACACGGUUCUCGACGUGCUGUUCCCAAUCGACGACACCAAGAUAAAAUACUACAUCUACACGCAGAACACCACAGACGACCACUACGAGGUGAACGUGGUGGAUCCCAAGGACAUGCUCAGGGCCGGCUUCUCCAAGGACAAGCACACCAUGUUCUGCCUGUUCGCCUACAACGAGCUACCGCUGGAGAUGAGCAACACCUGCCAACGAAUCAAGCGAGCCGUAUUGAAGUCGCACGACAUCAACUACGUGUUCAUCGAUUGGAGCCUCCUCAGCACCGACGAUCUCUUCCAAAUGCUCAGGCUCAUCGAAAUUCUGGGCGUGAAAAUCCGCGAUAAAAUCCUGGAUAUGAUCGACGGCAGCGGGUUGGACAUGAACAACUGCCAGAUCAUCGGAGCUUCUUUGGGAGCUCAAGUAGUCGGAAUAAUCGGUUUGGCCACCGGGGGAUUGUUUCGGCAAGUUAUCGGAUUGGAUCCGACUGCGUACAUUUUCUUCCCUUUCUACGACAAGAAUCGCAUAUCGAAGAAAUCCGGGCAAUUCGUGCAGGUCAUUCAUACAGGUCCGGGGUAUUUUUUGCCCAUGGGUCAUGCGGAUUAUUACAUGAACGGCGGGGAAUUGCAACCUCACUGUCCUACUACAGAUUGGUACUGCUCGCAUAUGGUGGCUGUUUUAUUUUAUUUGAGCACUAUUAUUAACGAUAACAAACCCGUCGCGUACAAAUGCGAAAAUGCGGACCGCUUCUAUUCAGGUCAAUGUAAAAAUAAUCCUACAUCUUAUCCUGGUGGAUUUUUAGUGGAUAGAAAUGCUAGCGGAAAGUACUACUUCACAGAUUAUACGUAUUAUUAG